GCGAGUUCUCUCAGUGCCAGUGAAGGGUUUUAACCUGAGGAAGGUAUUAUGGAGUUAGAGGAUAAACCCUUAUGAAAGAUGUUGAGUCAGGUAUAUCUGUGUGUGUGUGUGUGUGUCAGGGCUUAUCGUCCACUUCUCCAUCAGACACUGGGCGUCCGAACCCCUCUCCCGAACCUCAUGACUCUGUAAGCGAACUCCUCCAGUCUCCCGGCGCUGAGCUCCGAUGCUCUCGCUGUGACUCUCCAUCAUCUCUCCUCGGCUCGUUCUCAGUGCUCGCUCUGCUCGUCAUGGACAUCGGAGGCUUGACCACGGUGGUGGCGAACUCGGCGUACAUCUCGGCGCGCGGGAGUUUCGACGGAUCCGCAAACCCGGCGGCCAACCGGGACAAGAAGUACCACGCCAAACUGAAGCUCCCGCACAUCACCGUGUGCGAAGACCUGCGGGAAACCCUGGACCUGCAGUUCCAGAGCAUCUGCGUGGAGCAGCCGAUCGGCAAGCGCCUGUUCCAGGAGUACCUGGAGACCACCAACGAGUACAAGGGCCCGAGCCGCCUCUGGAAAGACGUGGAGGCGUACGACACGGCCGAGGAUAAAGACCGGGCUCAGAAAGCCGGGAAAAUCCUCCAGCGCUACAUGGAGCCGUCGGCGAAGCUCUUCUGCCCGUUCCUCCCGGAGAACAGCAUCACGAAGGUGAAGGAGCGGCACCAGGAGGCGGUGGACGACCUGUUCGUGGAGAUCUCGGCGUGCGUGUUCGACUUCCUCAAAGAGGUUCCCUUCACCUUCUACCUGGAGACCAUGUACUUUAAGCGCUUCUUGCAGUGGAAGUGGCUGGAGAUGCAGCCGAUCGGAGAGGACUGGUUCCUGGACUUCCGGGUUCUGGGAAAGGGAGGAUUCGGAGAGGUGUCCGCCUGUCAGAUGAAGGGCUCCGGGAAGCUGUACGCCUGCAAGAAGCUCAACAAGAAGAGGCUGAAGAAGAGGAAAGGCUAUGAGGGAGCGAUGGUGGAGAAACGGAUCCUGGCUCGAGUUCACAGUCAGUUCAUCGUGUCUCUGGCGUACGCCUUCCAGACCAAAACUGAGCUCUGUCUGGUGAUGACCAUCAUGAACGGAGGAGACCUGAGGUACCACAUCUAUAACGUGGAUGAGAAUAACCCCGGGUUCUCGGAGGCCAGAGCCUGUUAUUACUCGGCUCAGAUCAUCCAGGGAAUGGAGCAUCUCCACCAGAAGAGGAUCAUCUACCGAGACCUGAAGCCGGAGAACGUCCUGCUGGAUAACGAAGGGAACGUCAGGAUCUCUGAUCUGGGAUUGGCUGUGGAACUGGCGGACGGCCAGCAGAAGAUCAAGGGUUACGCUGGAACUCCAGGGUUCAUGGCCCCGGAGCUGCUGAAGGGGGAAGAGUAUGAUUACUCCGUGGAUUACUUCACUCUCGGGGUCACGCUGUUCGAGUUCAUCGCCGCUAAAGGACCGUUCAGGACUCGCGGAGAGAAGGUGGAGAAUAAAGAGGUGAAGAAGCGGAUCCUGAACGACCCCGUGACCUUCCCGGAGAAGUUCAGCGAGAACGCCAAGUCCAUCUGUGAGGGGUUACUGGCUAAAGAAGUGGACAAGAGACUGGGCUUCAAGAACGGCUCGUGUGAUGAACUGCGCGCUCAUCCGUUCUUCAGCGAACUCAACUGGAGGAAACUCGACGCAGGGAUUCUUCCUCCUCCGUUCGUCCCGGAUUCGAAGACGGUUUACGCCAAAGAUCUGGACGACGUGGGCGCGUUCUCCACGGUGAAGGGGGUCGGCCUGGAGGACGACGACAAGAGCUUCUUCGACGAGUUUGCGUCGGGAAACAUCUCGAUCCCGUGGCAGGAGGAGAUGAUCGAGACGGGCAUGUUCGGCGAGCUGAACCUGUGGGGUCCGAACGGGACGGUGCCGAACGACCUGCGCCGAGAGUCGAUCCUGGAGCAGCCGCCCAAAUCCUCCACCUGCAGCGUCUCAUAAUCACACACACACACACACACACACAAACACACACACACUCCACCUGCAGCGUCUCAUAAUCACACACACACACACACACACACACCUGCAGCGUCUCAUAAUCACACACACACACACUCCACCUGCAGCGUCUCAUAAUCACACACACACACACACUCCACCUGCAGCGUCUCAUAAUCACACACACACACACACACAAACACACACACACUCCACCUGCAGCGUCUCAUAAUCACACACACACACAC